AUGAACUUGGACCCAGCUGUUAAGUACCUGCAAUAUCCAGUAAACAUAGAUAUACGAGAUAGCAUAAAAUAUCACGAAAUAAUGAAAGAGUAUAAACUAGGACCAAAUGGCGCAAUCAUGACUUGUUUAAAUUUAUUUGCCACAAGAUUUGACAAAGUUAUUGAAAUUUUGGAAAAGAGGAAAAAUAAAUUACACUACAUAAUUGUGGACACACCGGGCCAAAUUGAAGUAUUUAACUGGUCAGCAAGUGGCAAUAUUAUUUUAGAAACCCUAUCAGUUAGCUUCCCCGUGGUUAUUAAUUACAUUAUUGACACUGUUAGAUGUGAGAGGCCCAUCACUUUUAUGUCCAAUAUGCUUUACGCAUGCAGUGUUUUGUACAAAGCUAGACUGCCCUUUCUGGCUUGCUUCAACAAAGUUGAUAUUAUUAAACAUGACAAAUGCAUCGAGUGGAUGAAAGAUUAUGACAGUUUCAAUGAGGAUGUUAUACAUGAUGAGAGCUACAUGGCUAGCUUUAGUAGAUCGUGCGCACUCAUGAUUAAUGAAUUUUACGAGGGCAUAAAAACUGUAGGCAUUUCUUCCAAAACGAAUGAAGGGUUUAAUAGUGUACUAAAAAAUUUAGAACUCUUGAAGGAGGAAUAUAUUAGCGAAUAUGUAACUUCCAUUGAAAAACAAAUGAAAAGAAUUAAAAGAAAAAAGGAAAAAGAUAUCAAAUUGAAAAUGGAAAAUUUGCUGAUCGAAAAGCAAAAGGACCUCUCCAGUUCGAAAAAUAAAAGUAUCGACCGCGUCUAUAACGCAUUUGAAAAAUUCGAAAAGGAACGAAUUUUCACGAUUCAUGUCUGCUCUCUGGAUAGGAAAAGCAAAACAUAA